AUGCGUCUUCCUACAGUUGCCGUCAAUCUGUUAGCUGGUGUCAAUCUUUACACGCCCACCUAUCACGACCCCAAUCUGGCUCCAAUUUGGCGACCUCAGGCCGAUGAAUAUCUUCCAAGCCCGGGCAACUACACUUUCUUUUGGCACACAAAUGGAAAUUAUACUGGAAAUAUGACCUUGUCACUCUGGGAAGGCGAUGACAUCAACCAUCUAUGGCCCGCCGGCGAUCUAAUUCCGGAUGUCCCGAUCAGCUCAGGGUACUACCGGUUCGAUGUUACUGCUUCUUUAGUCGCCCCGACCCGAACUUUUCGCCUCAAGACUGUCCCGGAUUCCAAUGUCACUGUCUACAAUUACUCCCCUCCUUUCCACAUUGGAAACUGUACCGACGAGGAAUAA